CCUAUAUGAACUCAGCAUUAUCCAACUUCAUCUUCUACUUGGCUUCCGUCACUUGUUCUCCCAACGCAAACUCUCCAUCCAUAGAAGAGGUUAAAGAGACGGCACCGUUUUGGUCCUCAACUUUGCCAUGCAAAACUCUCAGUUCCGUACACCAGCAUCAUCAGCAAUGGCCCCCAAACCUACCAAAGCAGAGAAGAAGAUUUUCACUAAAGGUGCUGAACAUUCCUACGAAGAUUCACAAGGGUAUUAUGGAAAUCAUUACCCCUGUUGAACUUAUUAAGAAGGGAGACAAGGUUGGCUCUUCUGAAGCUGCCUUGCUUGCCAAGCUUGGCAUUAGGCCCUUCUCAUACGGGCUUGUGGUCCUAUCCGUUUACGAUAACGGUUCUGUAUUUAGCCCUGAGGUUCUUGAUCUUACUGAGGAUGACCUCAUUGAGAAAUUUGCCGUUGGUGUCUCAAUGGUUUCGUUGGCUAUCUCAUUCCCAACACUUGCAGCGGCACCACAUAUGUUUGUUAAUGCCUACAAGAAGGUAAAGACAUGGGAUGUUUGA